AUGGCGAGGGGAGGGGAUCUGACGAUGCUCCGGCGGGGUGGCGGCUCAGGGUCGACGCGGGAGGACGCUCCAGUGGUCCUCGAUGGAGGGGCAAAGCUCCUGGCGGCCAAGACGACAACGACGACAGUUCCAAUGAUGGUGGUGGCGAGGGAUGGGGAGGGCUAUGGCAAUGGCGUUAGAUGGAGCUCCCCCUGCCGCCUGGAGCUCAAGCCGCCAGCCGUCCAAGGCCUCCCCAGGAACAGAUACGCGACCACGUGCCUCAUCCUCGCACAUGCCAGGCCGCGCCACCGGAGCCCCGCCCGCAGAGGCAGUGCUCCGCCGCCCGCUGCUGUUCUUCGCGUCGCCCCGCGCUCCCGCCGCUGUGAACCGGCUCCCCUCCGCAAGUCCUCGGCAUCGCCAUCCCGCGCUGCCUGCAGUCGCGCCAAGCCUGACUCGCAACCGUGGAGCCCGAGCUCGUCAAGCGCUUCAAAUCCGCCACCGCCCCAUCUUCUUCAGGCGCUCGAGCACGAGCAUGAGCUCGCCAGCGCCCCACCUCUCUCUUCCGCUCCGUCCGCCGCCCGCGGCGCCGGGACCCAUCGCUGCCGCGCCGCCUCCGUCGAUGCAGUCAACGGUCCCAUGCCAUUGACCCCCGCCAGGGGACGACUAUUCCCUACCAUGCGUGCGCGCCCGUGCUCCAGCCCUCCCCUCCCCAUCGUGUCCGGCCUGUGCCUGGACAACGGAAACCCCCACUGUCCGUGCGCUCCGGCCAGCUCCCCGUCGCGCCCGAGACCUCCUAGAGUCUUCAUGUCGAGGCCUUCGUUGCGACCAGCAUUUCACAUGGGUCUCCUGCCCGCCUUAGCGCGGACGCCCGCCGCGACGCCGGCGGCAAGCGGCGGCGCAUGCCCAGCGGUGGAGAACGGCAGGAUAAGCGGCGAGACGCGUGGUGCUGAGCCAGUCAAUAAGGAAUAAGGGCCGCGGGCAUAGUUUCUAACAAAUUUAGGGGGUUUUACGCAAAAACGAAACGUUUUUCCAAAGUGCCACUUAAACAGGGACUGCGGGUUAAUUUCAAAGAAACAGAGGGGCUUUUUCGCAAAAACGCCGACGA